GAGUACCUGUUUUACGCCUUAUCAGACCUACUACUGCCUGUUAGAUUAACAGAUUACAUUUGUGCACAGUAGUGGACUGACUUGCUUGAGUCCAUAAUAUAACUUUGGAUGGGAUCGUCUUCUUUGGUUCGUUGGGAACAUGGAUGUCGGACUGCUGUUGAGCACCUCUGACGUUAACGUGACUGAAACACAUCAGUUCGGCCUGAGAGUGAUCGUGAAAGAAGAAGAUAUAAAAGAGGAGGAAUAUGAACAUAUGAUUUCAUGUCAAGAUGAAGAAGAAAAGCCCUUUGCAGAGUUUCACUGUAAAACUGAAAGAGACAGUGCAGAGUCCAACUCUCUUACUGGCAAUGAAACACUACAGACAACAGUGAAGAUUGAAGUGAAGGAAGAAGUGGAGGAUGAGUACCAGUAUCUGCUGGAAAGUGUAUCAGAUCAGCCACAAACAGCGCAGCAGAAGAUCCAUGGACAGAGUGAUGAACUCGACCUGCGACACGAAGGAGGGCCGCACCACUGCACCGUCUGCACAAAGAGUUUCACGUCCCUGAGAGAACUCCAGAAACACCGUCAAACACACGCCGUUACGGUUAACGAGAACGAGAGUGCAGGCAAAAGGCUGCAUACAUGUCCCCAGAGUGAAAAGGCACACACAACCUCCUCAAAUCUUACACAGCGCACGCUUACACACUCUAGAAAAAAGACGCAUAAAUGUGUCCAGUGUGGAAAAAGUUUUACACAAAUUUCAAAUCUUAAAGACCACCUGCUGCUACACACUGGAGAGAAGCCUCAUAAAUGUGUCCAGUGUGGGAAAGCUUUUGCACUGCCUUCUAAUCUUAAAACUCACAUGUUAACGCACACUGAAGAGAAGCCUCAUACAUGUGUCCAGUGUGGAAAGGGAUUUACAAGAUCCACAGGUCUUAAACAUCACAUGCGAAUACACACUGGAGAGAAGCCUCAUGAAUGUACCCAGUGUGGCAAAGCGUUUUCGCUAAACGCAUAUCUGAAAAGCCACAUGCUAACACACACUGGAGAGAGGCCUCAUUUGUGUGUCCAGUGUGGAAAAACGUUUUCGCUAAUUUCACAUCUUAAAAGCCACAUGCUGACGCACACCGGAGAGAAGCCUCAUGAAUGUACCCAGUGUGGAAAAACUUUUUCUCUAAUUUCACAUCUUAGAAGCCACAUGCUAACACACACUGGAGAGAAGCCUCAUUUAUGUGUCCAGUGUGGAAAAACCUUUGCGCAAAUUUCACAUCUUAAAAGCCACACUCAAAUACACACUGGAGUGAAGCCUUAUAAAUGUAGCCAGUGUGGAAAAGCUUUUUCAAAAAGUUCAAAUCUUAAAAUCCACAUGCACAUACACACUGGAGAGAAGCCUCAUGAAUGUAUUCAGUGUAGAAGAGCGUUUUCACUAAGUUCAUAUCUUAAAAACCACAUGCAAAUACAUGCUGGAGAGAAACUUCAUAAAUGUGUCCAGUGUGGAAAAGCUUUUUCAUACAUUUCGAGUCUUAAAAACCACAUGCUAAUACACACUGGAGAGAAGCCUCAUAAAUGUGACCAGUGUGGAAAAGGUUUUCCUCUUCGUUCUAAUCUUAAAACCCAUAUGUUAACACACACUGAAGAGAAGCCUCAUAAAUGUACCCAGUGUGGCAAAGGAUUUAAAAUAUCUGCUCGUCUUGAACGUCAUAUGUUAACACACACUGGAGAGAAACCUUAUAAAUGUAUCCAUUGCGGAAAAGCUUUUUCACAAAUGUCAAAUCUUAAAAGUCACAUGCUCUUGCAUGCUAGUUAAUAAUAGUCCAGAUUAAAAACAGAUAUUGGCUUGAAAUAUUUAAUUUGAUAUGUAAUCUAGAAUAUAUAAAUGGUUCUCCAAUUGAACAAAAUUCUUCGACCAUAUUCUAAUUAUUUUUAAUCUCCAUUUACUGUAUCUCCAACUGUCAAAAAUGGCAUUGGUGCCAGAGGCAGAGCAUGUCUUC